AUGACACAAGAAGACACUUCUUACACCAUUGCACCACCCCGAACUUGGAAACAUGGUUACGUUGAUGGGUUAUAUUCGGUUGAAGGAUGGUUGGUGUUCCAGAAAUCCUAUUAUGACAAACAUCAAAUGUAUGAUUUGUUUCUGUUUUCCAAUCCAGUUUCUGGUGAAGAGUUUGAACUCCCACAUUUGCCACUGUUUUCAGGUCAGAUUGUUACUGAUGUUUCUGUUAAACUCGUGUUCUCGUCUACGCCAGAUUCUUCUGACUUUCUUGUGGUGGCUUGUGCUCGCAUCCUUUCUUAUCAUCCAAACAACAGAAGGAAACAACAGUUAGCUUUUUGCAAGGUCGCUGACGAGUCAUGGACUAUAAUUCUAACAGAUGAAUAUGGACCAACUCUUUUUAAUCAGUUUGUAAUUCUUGAUUGGAAAUUAUAUGUUAUGCAAUCAAAUAUAUCAGAUUUUGUGGCUGUUUUUAAUCUCAGAUAUUCAAAUAUCAUUACAUCCGAAAGGUUGGAUAUGCUGAACCCAAAUGCAAUUCCAACGGAACCUAGCUUUGAGGUCGACAAGGAUGGGGUUCAGUAUUAUAAUAAAAGUGAGGUGUGUAUGACAAGAGAUGGGGAUGAAUUGUUGUUCGUUCUUCAUCUUACCAAACAUGUUAUGCAUUCCCGUAGAUUCGUCGGGACAAAAGGAUUUCGCAUCUUUAAACUAGACAUAUGUGGCCCUAGAUGGAUAGAGGUUGAUGACUUGGGUGAUCGUGUUUUGUUGAUAGAUGAUACUCGAAUUCAAGUUAUUUCAGCUAAGGAAAUUAACCUUCCUGAAAAGUUGAGCGGAGGCAAUUUUGUAUUAUUCUCUAUUUUUAAAAGGUUGGAUCCUGAUCUUGGGGUCUUCUCUUCAAAGGAUAAGAGCUUUAAACAUUUAUCUCUCCAUCCCACUUUACAGGACUCCUCGGGGUGUUUGUGGUUCAUGCCUAGUCUUUGGUAG